ACCAUGUUUCGUAAAUGUGGCGCAGCAGCUCACUAGCCACAAGCGCUCAACUCAGCCAACAAAGUCAAGUGCCUGAGCUUGAUGUCGUCUUAGACUACCAAGUUGGGUGCCUCCCUAGAUAUGCAAUAAUUUGAGACGAAAUUACUCCAAAGGCCAAUGUUAAAGAAUCUACUCUAACCCGACGUACUUGGUGUAACAGAUCUUUGAAUUCUGUCCCAAUGGCCUUGCGGCUAGCACUGAGAGCUCCUAGAAGCCGCCUCUACAAUUGCAUUUCGACCACAACUAGGAGAUCCUACUCAACAAGUAAGCAAUCAGAUUACUUCACUGUUGAGCUGAGUCCGAAGAUCAAAGAUCCCUCAAGGCUAUUACAAGCCGUCAGAUCUCAGAUAAACAUUACCAAUCCUAGCCGCCACGAUGCAGCAGUUAUACUGGUAACUCCACAGUAUGCGCAAUGGCUAGGCAAAAAUGUAUUCAUGUCUGAGUUUGUAGAUAUGCUGUCAGGUUCUGAGGAGACUGGCGAGUUCCAUACUCUGAGCGCUGUUGUUGACCACAUCGCCCCGCCAGUGCCGAACAACAAACCCAUCCAAGGCAUAUCUGUCCUCCGUGGUAACCUCGACGGUAUCCUACCGGGACUAUGGACAGAGGCGCCCCCAAAGGAAUGGUCGGACGGUGGGAAGGUGUCAGCUCUAACGAUGGAUCUUGGCAGCCCGCAUAUCACUAUCCCUCUUACCAACACCACUUUUCAGAACCACAGAACCUCGACACUUAUUAUUAGCCGUUACGACUUUUCGACUGGCUCUCCGAAGCUUAUUGAGCAAACUGACAAAAAGCAUUUGCAGAAAGUAGCCAUUCCUGUUCAGAAAAGGCUCUCGUCAAUCAACGACCUUGGUAUCUGGGCCCCCCUCGUGCCUUUGACUCAACCCCGUGUGGUAACCGAGAGCUUUGGUAAUAUUGUACGGCGAGUCGACAUUGAAGACGAGUCAGUUCCAGCAUCGACUGAGCUCGAACCAGCUGUGGACGACCUCCAUGCCAGCAAAUCGGACUUGGUUCAGUCUCCUAUGGGUAUUUGGGCAAUGAUCACACCUCCAACUUUUGUUCAGUCGGCGGGCAGCUCGCCCUAUGUCAAUCCGGAUCCCGAGGCAACAUUCGCCGAUGGCCAAAGCAUCACGGAGCUAACAGCUGUGACCUCUAAUCAAUUGGGUGUCCUGUAUAGGCAAGGGGGUAGAUUGUACCAAGUUUUGAGUGGUGGCGGUGGUUGGGGGUCAAAGAAGGGUUUGCUGUCGCUUGACCCCGAGCAAACUCACUUUGUUGUAUCUGAAGAAGAGGAGAUGCAAAGGUUCAUUCAAGCUAUGGAAGGGGGCAACUUUGUCCCUGUGAGUUCCAAAAUCCAGUUCUUUGCAUCAACGAAUGCUUCUGCUGGAGAGCCAGUCGGAAAUAAACAAACUGGUGUGGUGUUUGGAACAUCCAGCAAGCUCGAGGUCGAAACUGAUGUGAAUCCUUCUCAACCCGAGGCACGCUUGUUGGAAAAUCAUUUCGGCGCUCUCUCCAACGUGGGUAUCUUUGUAACCUCGUCCGAUGCCUCCAUGUUUUCGAAACCUGGGUUCAACAACGACUGGAAACUCAACGUGCCUAACUCUCGGAUAUAUGUUGUAUAGGUCAGCACGGAGCUGAUGGUCCUCAUUGGUGGUUGUGGUAUGUGUAAUAAGAAUGUACAAGUACCCCUCCUAACGACUGGAAAUGGCUAUAUGUGUACCUAUGUGAGUAGUAUUCUAGCUGCGUUUGUUUAAUGUGGUCUUUGCUUCUUGUGUAAUCCUUCCGCUGCCGCCUUGGCGACAUCAUCGAGCGUUGUUCCCCUCUUCCUCUUGCCUAUCUUCUCGUUUCCAAGUACUUCAUUCUCCGCAAUAUCCUUAUAGACACUCGCGGCACCCAUGAACAUCUUUGUAUCCCAGCCGGCUUCCUCAUUGAAAGU